CCAACCCCGCUCUCUUUCGCUCCAGUGCGAUCCCACGACCGCCUCCUACCCGCAUUCUAAAGACUAGGGCAUUCUCUACUACGAUGGCUCGCGCGAAGUACUCUGCGGCGGAGGCGUUCUACGCGGACCGGGCUGCCCCAUACUGCAGUCUCUCGGUUGCAAAGUCCUUUCAGCAGCUGAGCUCGAAGGAGAAGAAGUACGCGCACUACAUCGGACAGGCGUCUUGGGCCGGCGCGCGCAUCAUCCAGGGCCAGUGGACGGAGCAGGCCCAGAAGCUCUACGAUCUCCUCAUCCUCACCUUCAGCGAGAACGGGAAGCUCGCAGACUUGGAGGGGCUCCAGAAGCGUAGCGGUGUCUCGCAGGAGGAUUGGGAGGAUGUACUGCAGUACACGAGCCAGGUGUUGAGCAACCUGGUGAACUUCAAGUCCUUCGGGUUCACCAAGAUCAUUCCCCGGGUGUCCGCGGAGCAGUUCGGUGCCGUGGUCGAGAAGUCCGCGAACGCAACCAACGCAGUACCACUUUGGAACGAGCUUAAGGAACACAUCUACCAACUCGCCCCGCAAUCGAGUACCUCAAUUGGGAAGCGCUCCCUGGGUCACAUUUCAAACUACUACCUUGGUGAGGCUCCGACCGAUGAAGAGGUCGCGGCGAUCCAAGCAGCAGCCGAGAAGCUCGAUGUCAAUGUCCUGAACACUCGCGUUCGCAAGGACGGCCCAGACAACUUCACACUUCUGGUCGCAUCCGCCGACUCGCAGGCGUCGGCCUUGCACGAAAUUGAGAUCCUUGACAAGAAGGCUAAGCUCACCGUCGAGUACGGAGACUUCGCUGACGCGUUGGCGAAGACUGUCUCGGCCUUGGCAGAGGCUAAGAAGUACGCAGCCAACGAGCACCAGACUGCGAUGCUUGAAGGCUAUAUUGAAUCUUUCAAGACUGGCUCCAUCCCCGCACACAUCAAGGCUUCAGAGAAUUGGGUCAAGGAUAUCGGCCCGGUCGUCGAGAGCUACAUCGGUUUCGUAGAGACAUACGUUGACCCGUACGGCGGACGGGCUGAAUGGGAGGGUUUCACUGCCAUUGUGGACAAGGAGCUCAGCGCGAAGUACGAGACGCUGGUCAACGAUGCGCCUGAGCUCAUCAAGUCGCUACCAUGGGGCAAGGACUUCGAGGUCGAUGUGUUCCGGAAGCCCGACUUCACUGCUUUGGAGGUGGUUUCGUUCGCUACCGGAGGCAUUCCUGCUGGAAUCAACAUUCCGAACUACUAUGAAGUUCGGGAGUCCGUUGGCUUCAAGAAUGUCUCUCUAGCAAACAUCUUGGCAGCCAAGGCCCCUAAUGAGGAGUUGACGUUCAUCCACCCCGACGACGCUGCGUUGUACAACGAAUGGGACUCUCGCGCUUUCGAGGUCCAAGUAGCGAACCACGAACUGCUCGGUCACGGUAGCGGGAAGCUGUUCAAAGAGAAUGCGGACGGGACGAAGAACUUUGACCCGGAGAAGAUCGUCAACCCUCUCACCGGCAAGCCGGUCACUUCGUGGUACAAACCGGGUCAGACGCCCGACUCCGUGCUGGGAGAGGUCUCUUCCUCGAUGGAGGAGUGCCGCGCCGAGACCGUCGCGUUGUUCCUUGUUAGCAACCUAGACAUUCUGAAGAUCUUCAACUACACCGAUAAGAAGACUGUCGAAGACAUUCAGUACAUCUCCUUCCUGCUCAUGGCCCGCGCCGGUCUCCGCGCUCUUGAGUUCUACGACCCCACGAUCAAGAAGCACGGUCAAGCGCACAUGCAAGCACGUCUUGGUAUCACGCAGCACCUCAUAAAGUCCGGCAUUGCGCGCCUCGAGGAGGUCCGCGCCGCCGACGGCCAGCUCGAGAACGCAUACGUGCGCGUCGACCGCGAGAAAGUGCUCACGGAUGGCCGCGACGCCGUCGGCAAGCUGCUCGUCGAGCUCCAGGUCCGCAAGAGCACGGCGGACGGCGCGGGCGCCCGCGCGUUCUACACCGAGCUCACGACGCCCUUCCCCGGCUGGGACGGCGAGAUCCGCGACCUCGUCCUCAGGAAGAAGCUGCCGAGGAAGAUCUUCGUGCAGCCUAACACGUUCAUUGAGAACGACGAGGUCGUGCUGAAGGAGUACCCGCUUAGCCCUGCUGGGGCUAUCGAGAGUUUCAUAGAGCGGAAGCUUUAAAUCCGACUCGUCAUUGGGUUGAUGGUGCCGGGGACGAAGUUGUGGACAACAAAACCUGUAUUAUAGUUUGCUUUCGCGAGGUCACACAUCUUAUCGAAAUGCGUGGUUGAG